AUGUGCUCUUCGUAUAAGAAGAGUGGCGCGUCCAGCUCGGGGCUUCAUACAGCUACUCAGGAGAAACGAAAUGAUCUGCCCUGGAGCCGCAGCAAAAUGCUGGAUGGACACCUACUCCUGGGAUGGUUAUCGAUCACACUGGUAGUCCUUGUUUCCUACUUGCCGCCACCCAGUACAGCGUAUUUCGGGCUGACAGGCAAUGAGCCGCUGUCCAUCCUACCACUGAAUUCACUACCGGAUGAGAACGUGGGUCGGGCUCACUACAAGUUGUGUGACCGUCUCAAACUGGAAAAAAAGCAGCGCAGAAUGUGUAGACGUGACCCGGGCGUGGCCGAGACCUUGCGUGAAGCCAUCACCAUGAGCGCCCUAGAAUGCCAGUAUCAGUUUCGCUUUGAGAGAUGGAACUGCACCUUAGAGGGGCGCCACCGAGCCAAUAUGCUAAAGAGAGGAUUCAGAGAGACCUCCUUCCUGUAUGCCAUUUCCUCUGCUGGACUCACGCAUGCCAUGGCCAAAGCGUGCAGCGCGGGCCGCAUGGAGCGCUGCACGUGCGACGAAGCGCCUGACCUGGAAAACCGAAAGGCGUGGCAGUGGGGCGGCUGUGGCGACAAUCUGAAAUACGCCAACAAGUUUGUCAAGGACUUUCUGGGCAAACGCUCUAACAAGGACCUGCGUGCACACGUGGACAUGCACAACACCAAUGUGGGUCUGAAGGUCAUCAAGGCUGGCGUGGAGACCACCUGCAAGUGCCAUGGCGUCUCGGGCUCUUGCACUGUCCAGACGUGCUGGAGGCAGCUGCAGCCCUUCCAUGAGGUUGGCAAGCAGCUCAAGCAGCGCUACGAGACUUCCAUCAAGGUGGGCAGCUCCACCAACGAGGCCACGGGUGAGGGCGACAUCUCCUCCUCGGGUCGGAACCAACAACACCAGCAGCAGCCACUUCUACCCUUGCAGCUCAAUGAGCAGAUCCGCCGCACCAUGGACCUGCUGCACAUCGAGGACUCGCCCAGCUUCUGUAGGCCCAGCAAGUACUCGUCGGGCACGGCCGCCCGUAAGUGCUACAAGGACAAGAACUGCGACGCUAUCUGCUGCGGCCGGGGCCACAACACGCAGAGUCGGGAGGUGACACGGCCUUGCCAGUGCCAAGUGCGUUGGUGUUGCUAUGUGGAAUGCAAGCAGUGCACACAGAGGGAGGAGGUGUACACCUGUAAGGGCUGA